AUGGAUGCGCGCAUUUUUCUUAUCCGCCACGGCGAGACCGAAUGGUCGGCUGAGCAUCGCUACACUGGAAGUGUGGAUUUGCCCUUGACACCCAAUGGCGAAAAAGAGGCAACACAGACGAGAGGUAAAUGUAUAGGGCCUGGUAAACUCAUCGAUGAGGUCAAUCUGCGAGCCAUAUACUGUUCGCCUCUCCGAAGGGCAAGACGCACUGCUGAAAUCAUGUUUCCUACGGUCAGUGGGAGCCUGUUCAGGGUCGAGGACUCCUUGAUGGAAUGGGAUUAUGGGACGUUUGAAGGCCUCACCUACUCCGAAAUAAAUCGAAGGCGACCAAGCGAUUGUGGAUCCUGGGAUCUUUGGACAGACGGUUGUCCAGGUGGCGAAUUUUCCUUGAACAUCAAAUCACGACUCGAGCCUUUGAUCCUGAAGAUCAAGGAGGACCUCCAGAUCUCCUCCGAACCACGGGACAUUGUCUGUGUCACCCACCGCCAUAUUGCCAUUGCCCUGGCUCUGCUUCUAACAGGCAUACCAUUUCAAUACGGAGCCAAGUUGGCAAUGGAAACUGCCGGAGUAAUUGUUCUCAAUUUCGACAAGAUACUCGUGCGAUGGAACUCACGUCCGACUAAAGCCGCACCCGUCGCAUAUCAAGCCUCAACCGCAUCGCCCAAAUCCACCUUGUUCAGACAGAUCCAGGACAAUCGCCUAGCAGCGGGUGAACUCAAAGCUCUUGACUAUUUCCAAGCCGCCGUGUGGCCAUUGCUAUCCACUGCUACACAGCCUUGUCCGCCACCGAUAUCUCUUGCCUUAGAGUCCGAACCAGUAUUGCUAGCCAUGUGUGAACUAGCAGAGGCACAUCGAUUGCUCCAGCAAGAAGGUAGCCUGACAAAUUUGCAGGCUAUAAGCAACAAGAGAUUGACUUGUUUAUCCUCCGUCCGAAAGCAACUCCGAGAAAGUAUUUCAAAUAACGGGUCACUUUCUCAAUUGCUUGUCGCCGUCCUGCUGCUCUAUUUUCUGGAUGGUUUCAUAGACUGCGGGGAGCAAUCCGCUUCCACAAUAAGCCACCAGGUUGGUGUGCGAGCCAUUGUCGAACAGCUUGGUGGAUUCAACAUGCUUGUAGAUGAGGGCCAAAAAGAUACUCCGCACAUGCUUCUAUCUGAGUUUGCCUCCACAGAUCUCACUCGCGCUAUACUUGACGACAGGGCCCCCUGUUUUCCCGCCCGAAUCUGGCGUAACAUCGAAAAGGGCACAGUGUGGUGGGAGAAGCAGACAUACGGGGUAACACUGGCGGUAGUAUUUCGCAUCAUGACACAAAUAGCCUUCCACCGACAGUCUGUUCGAGCCGGAGACGAGGAACUAUCUAUCAAAAAGGUCCGUGACUUCGAAAGGUCUCUCCAGCCUCGUUUCUCGGUGCUGAGGCUCGAUCAUUUCAACUGCCCGGAGGAGGAGUCCCUUUCUAAAUUCGAAAUGGAGCGCGUCAAUCAAACGAUCGCAUUUACCCGCGCUUUCCAGCACAGUGCUCUGAUUUACUUCUACCGGGCUCUCCAAGGACUAUAA